AUGGCAAAUAUUUCCUUAUUGAGGGUUCCUUGGGAUGGCGAAGCUCGUUGCUUGAGAAGGAAGGAUCUUAUAGACACUCUUUAUGCUGCACUUCCUUUAGGCACGGUAAAGUUCAACUUCCAACUUGAAUCUAUAAAACUUGACCAGCAUUCUACCAAACCAAUUCUUCGCUUCAUCGAUGGAAGUUCCAUUAGAGCUAAGGUUGUAAUUGGUUAUGAUAGUGGCAAGUCUAUAAUUGCAAACUUCCUUAACCUCAAGCCUACAAAGAUGUUCCCGUCAAGCGCAAUAAGAGGUCUAACAAACUACCCAAAUGGUCAUUCAUUCGAACAUGAGUUUGCUCGUUUAUGGAAAGAUAACAUUCUUGUGGGAAUAAUUCCAGUUGUUGAUAACAUGGUUUACUGGUUUUGUUUGCUACCAUACAUUCCUAAAGAUGAAAAAACUUGGAUAGAUCCCGGUGUGAUACAACAAGUAACACUAGAGUUGGUAAGCGAUCAUCCACAGGAAAUUCGCAAAAUGAUCGAAAACACAGACAUGAAAUCAUUAUCUAUUACACACAUGAGAUAUCGUGCACCAUGGGACUUGUUAACUGGCUCGUUUUGUAAAGGAACAGUAACGGUUGCUGGUGACGCUAUGCAUGUCAUGGGCCCAUUUUUGGGUCAAGGUGGUUCAGCAGGGUUAGAAGAUUCAGUUGUGUUGGCUAGAACAAUGGCUCAGUUGGGUUUGAAUGGUUUUGAAAGCGGGAGUAAGCUAAUGGUCCAUGGAGUUGAGGAAGCGUUGAUCGGUUCGUGAAACAACGAAGGAUGAGGGUGGCCCGAUUAUCGUUGCAAACUUACUUCACCGGCAUGCUAUGGGGUACUUCUUCAUUUCUAAAGAAGAUUAUGUAUAUUUUGUUGUUGAUUCUUCUUUUUCACAACCAAAAUGGGCAUACUGAUUAUGAUUGUGGUGAUCUUUGAUAUGUUCAAAGAUCAUUAAACAUGGUUUGUUAGUAUAUUACUAAGUUUAUUUUAAACAUGUUUAUAUGUAUAGCAAUGAUUCAAAGAUACAAACUCAAUAAGUUGUGUAUUAUAAGUUUGGUUCUAUAGACAUUAUAAACGUUAUUUA